ACUAAAAACGAGAGAUGGUUUUCAAAGUGUUUUUGUUGGAGAACCGUUUAAACAUGCCAAAGAGUGAAAGCAGAUCAUAAAAUGCUGAAAACCACUUGGUUGGUUCGGAUGCCAAAAACCAAACCCGACAACCGAAAGCCGAACGCUGGUUUCUUAAAGCCGAACACUGGAUGGCUUGGUUUUUGGUUUGGGCGAACACCAAGUGUUUUUAAUGACUUAAACAAGUUUGAAAAACAUUUUUAUGAUGUAAGAAAUGCAAUGAGAGAUUUUAGCCUAAAGAGCCAAGGUGUAAAGAUUGGGUCGGUCUUGAUCACAAUAAAGACCGACUCAAUACUAUGAUUAAGGUCUUCGUUCUUGGUCUUCGUUUAGCUCUUGCUCUUAUCUUCGUUCUUCGCCUUGUAUAUUCAAUGUUCGACUUGAUCAUGGCGGUUUGGGAAGAGGAUCCGGAGUUUCUGGAGUUGAGUAAGACGAAGAAGAACAGAAGAAAUGGAAGAGAGGAUGGUCCUGCUCUUGGGACUUAUUGUGGAGGUUCAAUUCCAUUUUCUGAAAAUAUGAAUCGAUUGGCCCAAUUCUUCGAACUGCGCAAGGAGGCUAGACAAAAUGGGCUUAAAGUCACCGACGAAGAAAUAUGGUACUCGCUAGUCGAGGGCCAUAAUGCGGAGAACCGCGUUCAUGGAGUUGGAGACUACGCGCAGGAAAUGAAGAAGAUCAAUCCGUCCUCCAAACCUCGCUGUUCCAGCACUAGUAGCAGCAGCGCGGCGGAGAUGGCAGCACUUAAAGAGCAAAACCAAAGGCUGCAGGAACAAAUUGAUAAUCUAACCUCAAGGUUGUCGCUGACGAUUCAGGAGGAGAUAAGGAAGUUAUAUGGUGGUAACCUUCAUCCACGAGGCGAUGAUGAUGGAAUGGGAGGGGCAGGGCAGCCUGGAUUUGUUGACACCUUUAACAUUUGACACAAACGCUUUAAUAUUUAGUGUUUUUACAAUAUUAUGAAUUAUGUUACAUUUGCACGUGAAGUUUUAAUUAAUCUUGGUUUGAAUU